AUGCCGGACACCAAUAAAACGAUCACCACCACAACCAAAGGUGAGGAGCCAACAGUCUGGAAGUCUCAGCGAGACAAAUCAGUGGUGGACUCCAGCAAGGAAGAACGCCAAUUCAUCAUUCCACACAUUCACAAAAUCCUUGGAGUCUGCUGUCUGGUGUCCUUUGCUUAUCGAUAUGCUCAUUUGGGAGCAGCCGAUGGAAACUUUGGGCCCAACUUUGGCACGCUCUGUUUCAUUGUGCUUCAUUGGUCCAUCCAUGCCAGUAGCUUCAUCUUUGAUAUUCCCAAGAAACGAAUCCGAGAAGGAUAUCGGAUAUGGCCAGAAUAUAGAACAAAUGAAUGGCAUUCUUCAAAACUAUCCUUCCACAUCCAAGGGAUGCUACCAGGAAAUGGAUCUUGUCAUUGUACUAGCACCUGUGCCUUUGCCGAUUUCGGAUCCUACUACGUGGAACGAGACAACCAUUCCAACACUGUUCGAGGCAUCACGUUUACGGAUCCAUUUGAACAAUGGUAUGCAUCGGAAGUGCAAAUCUAUUUGACUGCCUAUUGCAUUGUGGGAUACCGACGGUACACAUUACAUUUGUUGGCAAUCAGUAUCAUCCAGUGCAAUGCCUUCAUGAUGACCAUGCGACGCAAAAAUGUAGCUCCACAAGGUGUAUUGACUGCCAUCUACAGUCUCAUGCUAGUGGGCGCCUUGGUGGCCAUCACGUAUGAUGACCGAUUCAGCCAUCGAACCGGUGUCGGGGCUACGUUUGGAGGAGUAGCGUCCAUUUUGCGCCUGGGCUUUGGGGUCAACAAGUAUUAUAUCCUAUGGACAGUACUGUGGUUGGUUGGUAUUACAUCCGCAUGAAUCAGCUUUUGCCCUACUUCAACACCAUGUUUUGGCUGAAUGGUCUGGUCAUUACCUUGAUUAUAAGCACCAUUUUGGGAUUCAUCAAGCGAUCCAGAGCCCCCAAGGAGAGCC